GAUAUAUUCAAGUCUGAAUUGUACUAUCAAAUUUCAACCACAGGCUGGCACAGCAGAAACUACCUAUUCGCACAGCAGCAAAUAUUUCAGAUCUAUGGUAUACAACUAGGCAUAUUAAUCUGUCCAGAGGAAUGUUCUAAAGGACGAAACCGCAAUUCCAUAUGUUUUCCUGCUGUGGUGCUUGUUGACGAUCAUCCAUCAUCCAUCAUACAUAUCCACGACACCCUUACUUGGGACCGGGAAGAUAUUCGACGAAGCUGCACAUAGGUCGAGUUGUAUUGUAAACUUAGACUGGCAUAAUACUCUCGACGACAACGCUCAUGUUAUCACUGACCCACAAAACAGCCGCUGUUAGCAUCUUCGACCAAGUAUCCAGAAAUUUGGCUAGCAUAGGUUGCAUACCCUUGUCAGAGUACCUAUAUGGUUCUUCAUCCAUCCCAGCAGCACCACUACAACAGGAAACCCUAUCUACCGUUCCCCAAAAUGUUCCCAUUCAACACCCACAACCCUCAACACCAGCCAUAGCCAAGACGUCAGUUGACACCGUCUCAGCAAACGCUAUCAGCCGUUUACAUCAAACAUCUCAACGCACAUUUGGAUCCAUCGAGCCACUCAAGUUCGAAUUCAUCGAGGAAGCUGGCCAGCGCAGUAAGAAAUGCAUAUUGACAAUAUCUCGUCCAAACGGAAGCACUCGUUCUUAUGCAACCGAUCCCGUCUAUUCUCGCAAAUCCGAUGCAAAAUCUGCUGCGGCCACUCUCGCGAUCGAAAUGGGUGCACUGGAUUUCAUCACUCACGGAGAUCCUGAUGAACUCAAACUUAAACGCGGACUUGUCCUCGCCUCCAUCAAUAGCUCACAAAACCAGGAGCAUACACAGGCAGAAUUUGGAUCUACUGCUGAGCAUCUAGACGGCAAUAAUGCGAUCGAGCAAAUCGAGACCUGUUGCGCAGAAUGGCGGGGUGGUUCCAUUGCACCACAUUGGGUGGCAUUACUAGAGCCCAAAGCCGGUCACACUCAAGGUUGUGCCCUCAGAAUCGAACUUUCACCACACGUAAUCAAGGUCUACGCAUCCGAUACCAUCUACAACACGUACAACGAAGCAAAGGGCGCGUGUGCUGAAGCCGCACUUCGCGAAGGCGUUCUCGACUUUAUCAAACACGGAAACGGCCAACUACGCCCUGCAUCACCCCAACUAUACUCAACCCCUAGUUCCUCCGACAUCAAUGGCGUCUCAGCCAACAAACAACCUCCGUCAACUCUCCAGGCAUUCUACGAAUCCCUCCCCCGUCCAUUUCCUGAAUCGUUUGAAAGCAAAGAUGUCAACGAGUUCGGUGCACCUGGAUAUAUGAACACCCUCGUACAAAAUGCAAGAGGCGGAAAGUUGACCACCACAUUCGUUUUCACAUCAGACGGAACUCCAGGACUGCAUGGUUGUUUCCUCCGCUUAGACAGGCCCACAGAAUAUAGAGCAUACCUCGUCGAUCCCAGGUUCCCAAAACGCGCAGAUGCAAAAGCAGCCGUAUGCCUCCAGGCGCUGUCUCAGGGCGCUGGAGAUUACAUGCGCGCGAUAGGAAAGGCUGUCGAGGAGAGAGUCACGCCUUUGAUGAAAACAUGGGUGAACGAUCAAGUAUACCCUGCCCUCUUAUCCGAGUACAAUAAACUCAGGGGCCGACAUCCUAAUUUUACUUAUGAGAAGGAGAAAGAUGCCUUUGGAUGCACGAUGACGCUCCAGCUCUCUGCCGAUCCUACGCCUGACCAAACACGAAUCUGGACAGUAUCGAAUAACUACCGCAACAAGGCAGAUGCCAAGGUAGCUGUCGUUUGCAUCGCAAUCGAACAAGGUGCGAUGGAGUUCAUCCGCUUUCGAGGCGAGCCUCCUCCUCCUGGCUAUACCACCCCAUAUUCUCUGCAGACCUUCGACCCUGGAUCGUCUCAGAAAUCUAACGGGAAACGAAAGAUGGUCGAGGAUGCGCACUCGCCGGGUGAACAUGAAAAGCCUACAAAACGACAAAAGAAAGCAAAACUUGAGAGCGCUGCAACCAAACACGGUAACAAGAAAGCGAAAGGCAGCACCCUCAUCCAUAGCAUUCCCGAGUCUGGCACCAUCCGUGUAGGACAACCUUCUCGAAAGGGGUACGCUUCAGCACCAUAUCGGCCAGGACUUGGGGAUGAGAGUGGUUCUGGGACUACGUGCCGUCUACCGCAGGUGUCCUUGAAUCCUAUUCCACCUAAUAGGCCUGAUCAGCGGUUCAUGCCUCCUCGCGCGCAUUCUUCUGUGCAAGGUGAUUAUGGGUAUCCGCUUUCGGCACAGUCUUUCGCUGGAGCUUCGGGCACUAGUUCUGGAGGUGGUGCGGGUGCGGAGCGGUUAGGUGAUUCAUCUGAGCCAGAACCUGGGGAGGUUGUAUGAUUGUGUUGCAUCGAGUACUGUUUGAGCCUGAUGGUUCAUAGUGCGACGUCACCUAGGUAUUCACCUUGUUCUCGAGGGAAACCUCUGUUCUUCUGGAGCUAUCCUUGCUCAACGUUGCAACAUCAAUAGGAGGUGAUCCGAGACUGUUGAAAGGGAAUUUGGCAGCUGCGCUAGAACAACCUGCUGGUGUAUUCACUGGUCGCCGCAUCGCACUGUGUAAGAAGGAUAUUAAGAUUUGGCUGCCACUACUGCAGGUCUUAGGCGAGACUACAAGUGUCGAUCAGUGUUGAAACGUUGAUACUCUAUUGCGUAGCGAGGAAAUAGAGCUAUGUAAGUCUU